GGGGCCUUGCGAAAUUUCUCUCCGGCAGGAGCUCUCCUCGCUCCCGCCCGCCAGCUCACCUUACCAAACCACCCGAGUCGAUAUCUUCCCUCCGUCGGCGUUGGUGCCACGAUGUUCCAACUGGACGACGAGCACGGUUAUGCCCCUGUUCUAGCCGCAGCUCAAAGCCGACGCCAGGAACGACGAACUUGAGCGAAGUCGCUGCCAACGACCAAAGACGGCCCCUGCAUCUCCGGCAAUGCGUCAGCGGCCGCGGAUGGCCUCGUCAAUGCGCCCAGCAAUGAGUGCGUCCUCUGAAGCCUGGGAGACGGCGUACAGCGGGUGUGUUGUGUGAGUGUGUCUGGCUGCAAUUUCGCGAGCAGUCGGUUCCGUCAGUGGGAACAGCGAAAGAGGGGGGGUUUCCGGUUUGCUCAGUGGUCCCCCCUCUUUUCCUCUCCCCUUCCAGGUUGUGAGAGGCCCAGUGGCCCCUCGCACUCUGGCCCUCUCUCUGUUGCUGCGCUGCCUGCACGAGCUCGCAGCCAGCUGUCCCCCCCCCCCCCCCAUCCCUUCCGCGACACUCCACCUCCGCCCUCCCCUCGCCUCAGGUCAGACUCAGCCCGCGCCGCCUUGUUCCCUCCCAUCGGGGAAGCCAGUGCUCCCCGGCCUCACCCUACCUGGCGGUACGUACCGCCUUGGCCUGCCUGCCCGGCCUUCCGUUGAGGCCUGAGGCACCCAGCAAUCACAGGGCCCGGCACUAAGAGGGUCCCAUCGCACCGCUUGUCCGCGAUUGGGCUUAGCGCCAAUGGAGGCUGCUCGCUGCGCUGCGCCUGCGCUGGGAUGGAGAUGAGAGUGCUGCCGCGCCGCCUGCGUUUGGGCCGAGUACGUACCUCUAGUACUGAGGUGCUCCUCCACUCUCAGCAGCAUCCGGCAUCUCAGCGCCCUGCACCCGCGCCGGCGACCAGCACCGACGCCAGCGACCAGCCAGCCAGCCAGCCAGCCCAGCCAGCCAACCCAGCCCAGCCCAGCCCAGGCGCAAGUGCCCUGGCCCGCCAGCCCAUUCCCCAUCCCCCCCCCCCCCGGCUGGGCGGCCAGCCAGCGAACGAGCGUGCGAGCGCGCGCUCUUGGGAUCCUCGCUGCUCCUCCCACUGCUGGGUGCCGCACUCGUUGCAGCGCAGUGGCACCCCCAAGACUCUGCGUGUUUCUGCCGUCCCAUCCCCCGUCCAUCUCCCUCCUCCUCCUCCUCUUUCCCAUCCUCCAUUCCUCUCGACUCUACGAUCUGCUCACUUGUUGUCCUCCCUUCCACGGACCGGUGUCGACGACUGUCGACCUUACUUUUGUCUUUCGAAACUCUGGCCGCCUCAAUUUUCUUGGCAUCCACGAUCCGCUACGUCGUCCUCCCGCGCGCGCUCGACUUGCCGACCUCGACCGCCCUCCGUGACGAGUCUCACGAGUUUUGCGAGGAAACUUCUGUCCGCGACCACGGCCACAACCACUAUUCGACACGCUCCAAAACCCCGUUUUGGGCCUCCCUGAACUUGACAGACCUCAUCAUCUGACUUCUUUUCUACCACGCUGCCGCGACGGUGCCUCUGCCCUUCUGUGCGGCUCUUAACGACCACCUGCCCACUCUUGGUCUACGGACUGCGAACGCUUCUGUGCUUCGAUCGGCCAGUCUCUUACCAUCUCGACGCAUGGGAGCUUGAGACGGCGUCAAGUCAUCGUCCGCGCUCCCGGCCCCGUCAUCGCCGCGCGCCUCGACUGGCGGCGUCAUGCCCCAAAGAGCGCGACGGUAAUCAAUUCACUCACGCCCCUCCGCGUCAAACCCACCCGUGAGGCCCUCUCUACAUAUUAUGACAGACAACCCUGCGCCGCUGCCGACGCAGACCGCAGUUCCCAGUCAGACCGCCUUUGACGCGCCGGUCGCCGCCCCCGUUGUCAAAGACGAGGUCGCCGCCAACGCUGCGGAGACGGUGGAAGAAGAACCGUACACGAUCAAGUGUAUCUGUAACUUCUCUGACGAUGACGGAAACACGAUAUACUGCGAGACAUGCGACACAUGGCAGCACAUCGACUGCUUCUACCCUAAUAACAGGGAUGAGGCUAUCCGCGAGGAUUUCUCCCAUUCCUGUGCAGACUGCAAGCCACGGCCAUUGGACCGACAAAAGGCCAUCGAGCGCACACUGAGACUCAGGAACGCCGCCAUGGUGCAACCCUUGCCGGUCGACAAAAAGGCGAAACGGCCGCCCUCGAAAAGCCACAAGAAGAAGGUCAAACCUGCUGAUCUUCAAGGGGUUGGCCAGCCUGAGACUGGCAAGAGUGGAAGCCCUAGCGACCAACCAUCCUCGUCCAAGAAGCCAAAGUCGUCGCAUCGUUCCUCACACUCAGUCAGCUCUCAACCUUCCAAGCGCAGUCCAUCGUUCGGAAACCCGCGCCCGAACCAUGCGCACCCCCCGAGUCCUGCCACAACCCCACCCGAUCUCCCCGACGAUUUCUUGAUACAUCACUAUUCUGACGGAUUCUACUCGUUGUACAACGAGAGCGAUGUCCCUGACACACACAACAACGCGUUUGCCAACAUUGCGAUACCUGCUGCCCUUGGUCAGUGGCUUCGGGACCCCGAGACGAUGAAGAAGGAGGUUGGCCGCACGCGAGAUGAGGUCUUUAGAAUUGACCCUCCUGUCGCAGACGAGAAGAAGCCGACUCUUGAAGUCAAGGAUUCCACUCGUAGCUCUGACGCUGGAUUGACACUGCGAUGGCGCUUCGUCAAGUCUACCACCCCGAUUGCCAAGGAUGUCCGUCUGAUUGAGCUCAAUGGACAAAUCGGUUUCCAGAAGGACUACUGCGCCGACCCCGACAAUCUCUGGACCGAUCUCUCUUCUCCGCUCCCUUUUGUCUUCUUCCACCCAAUACUUCCCCUUUACAUCGACACCCGCAAGGAAGGUUCCUUGGCGCGAUACGUGCGGCGAAGCUGCAAGCCAAACGCGCAGCUUGACACAUAUUUGUCAAGCGGAUCGGAGUAUCACUUUUGGUUGGUGAGCGACAGGUACAUUGCCGCGAACGAACAGAUCACUCUGCCUUGGGACUUCCGCCUAGAGAAGAGCGUGCAUUCUCGAUGGCUCAAUCUGCUGGGUCUCAAUGAUGACGACGUCUCGUCGCAGGACGAGCCCGAGAUGGAUCCCUCCGAAUAUAACGCCAUCUCGAACUGGAUCGAUCGGAUUCUCUCUGAAUAUGGCGGCUGCGCCUGCGACCUGGAAAACAAUUGCGCCUUUGCUCGUUUCCAUCGGCACUACUUGUACGGCAAGAAUCGGGGCCGCGUUGCGAAGAAGAAGUCACGAAAGUCACGGAACCAUACCAUUUCCCCGACUAGCACAGGACAGGCGACGAAUAGCCGGGCGCCUAGCGAGGGCCACGUCGACGAUGGCGCAGACAACGACACGAAGAACGAAUCGAGUAUCUCUCGUAGCAAACCCUCGAGCAGAGACCGAACACCGUUGCCGCAGGGCCAAUUUGAUCAGUUGGGAAUACUAACCGAGCCCACUGACCGCGAUAAGCGGAAGGUGGCCAUGGUAGAGGAUUCUUUUAGGCGCAUGGAGCAGCAGCAGCCACCACGAAAGAAGAAGAGAGUGUCCGAUGGCACAAGCACGACUUCGUCGAAGCCUAAGUCCCGGAACGGGUCCGCUGCACCUCCGGGGAGUUAUGUCGAUGCUGGUACUUCUAGAAGUAAAUCGGGCUCCCCAGCAAGCGGACAGUCUCCAAAUCUGUCAAACCUUCCCGGGCCAAGCACAUACAAGCCGACUUUGUCAAUCGGGCAGUCGCGGCAAUCGUCGGCGGCUCCACGGUCGGCGUACUGCGACGCAGGAGUUCAGACAGACCCUGUACAAGGAGAGUGGUUCAGCCAGCCAGCCCGCUCCCAUGACUGCAAACGGCGAAUCCUGUCAUUAUCGAAACGCUUGCUCAACAGCAGACUCAGAAACAUCGUUGGAGACGAGGAAGCCAGGAAGCAGCCAUCCCAAGCUGCACAAAGCGCAGUCGACAAUGCGAUGGACAUCGAUUCCACGACGGCUGACCCGAAGCCGUUUGUCCCUGGGGGUGUUGUCGAGCCACCAUCGCCGAUGUCACAAUUCAGCGAUACAGUGAUGUCCGACCAACCUGCGGAGCCCGCGGCCUUGGUCCCAAACGGAAUUGCUGCGUUGGGGCCGGAAAAGAAAACUCCGGAUUUGCGUGUUCAGAUGCCACCCAUACCCGCCUUCGACAACACAGGGCUCGUCACGACGCCAUUGUCAGCAUCUGGGGCUGCAGGGCAAUCCCCGGUGUCCGGAACCCUGCCCAGCCCUUUCGCGCCGCCAGCGGUCAACGGAGUAGCAGUCAACCCUAGUCCGGCUAAAAAGAAGCUGAGCCUUAGCGACUAUACCAAGAGCAGGAUGAACAAGGCUGCUGGAAAGGUGGCGGGCGGCUCCGCCCUCCUCAAGCCCGGGCUCGCCAGCCCGGAAGAGAUUAAGGUGGAAGUCACGUUCGAGUCACAAGCCGUGGAUAAACCACACGACCCAGCAGUGCCAUCGACAGCACCGACAUCGAAUGGUCAUUGAGGAAUUCUGUGACAGAGUCUCGAUGAGUCACGCUAGCAGUACCAAGUCUUGGGGAAGAGUACGGUGUUGACAUACCGCGUGGGAAAAUCCAUUGCCUGUGAAGACGGGAUGCAACCUUAUUACGGGAGGCUAUUCAUAUUCAUGUCAUGUCAGGAAAAAGACUAUCUCGGACGGAACCGCUGGAGUUGGCGUUUUGGCGGAAAUGAUUGCACAACUGAGGCGCGGCGUACUCCUUCAUAUAUACCUGUGCUCAUUACGGCGAGGAGGGAACCACGGCAGUAGCUUUUAUCACUGGAGUUCAGAAGGGGUUUGUCUUUGGUGUUUUCUUACGCCAGUAUGGCAGCACUGGGCUCAGGCAAGGUUCACCUACUUCGCUCGCGGGAGAAGCUGUUACGACGCCAGAGGUACGUCAACGGCCUCGUAUGACAGGGGCGUUUUGACACAGACAUGAUUGGGCCUGUCGAUUUUGUUGUCUCUUUUCAAACCCAUGUAUUCAUAGGCUCGACGUGGCGAACGCGGUCGCACCCCUCAAUUUGGGGCUGAUGGUUAGGUGGGUUCAAGCCCUGCCAACCUCGGUGUAGAUAAAGAUUAUUUGCAGUUGUCAUCUGCCCUUCUUGACCUCCAG